UUUAUAGAUGUUAUUAAUGCUGUUUUAUCAAAAUUCGUGGAAUCAUAAACUCAAUCGAAUUUAUUAUUAUUGUAUUUUUUGAAUUGUUCCCACUUCACCACCGUUAACUUCAUCUCUAUUAAACCGCAGUAGCACGGAGAGAGAGAGAGAGAGAGAGAGAGAGAGAGAGAGAGAGAGAGAGAGAGAGAGAGAGAGAGAGAGAGAGAGAGAGAGAUAGAGAUAGAGAAGAAGAAGAAGAAGGGAAAGCUCAUUAAAAUGUAUGCAGCAGAAAAUGGGUUGAAGGGAGAUCCAAGACUUGAGGCAAUUUCUAACACAAUUAGAGUGAUACCUCAUUUCCCUAAACCAGGAAUCAUGUUUCAGGAUAUAAGCACAUUGUUUCUGAACCACAAAGUAUUCAAAGACACACUUGACAUUUUUAUCGAUAGAUACAAGCACAUGGGCUGCAUCUCUCUUGUUGCAGGAGUUGAAGCAAGAGGGUUCAUGUUUGGUCCAUCUAUUGCAUUAGCCAUUGGUGCCAAGUUUGUCCCUUUACGGAAACACGGAAAGUUGCCCGGCAAAGUAGUGUGCGAAUGUUAUGAGUUGGAAUAUGGUAAAGAUUGUCUAGAGAUGCAUGUUGAUGCUGUACAGGCAGGGGAUAAGGCAGUUGUUAUUGACGAUCUGAUCGCUACCGGUGGGACCCUAUCUGCCGCUAUUAAACUUUUGGAAUCUGUGGGGGCUGAGGUGGUCGAAUGUGCUUGUGUUAUUGGAUUGCCGGAGGUUAAGGCCAGUUUACAUACUGGUGGAGCCAAGUGAACUCAAACAAUCGUAAUGAUCAUCGUAACUGAGGUAUCGACGAUUUGUCUCGCGUUGAGAUGCUUAAUUAUUGAUCUGUUUUUAUGUUAGAGAUAAUUAUUUUUCCUUGUGAUCUUUGUUUACUGUUUCUGUACUUGCUGCAGAUCGAUUACAAUAUUUUCACAAUUAUAUUGUUUGCUUAUGUUUGUACUUGUCAAUUAUUGUAGCAAUUCCUACAAGGAUUUGGUCCAUUAAUCAUA